GCGUCACCAACCCAAACAUUCAUAGCAAACAUUUGAUAAAAUGAAAAACACUAUGAGUUAAAGUUUUUGAUGAGUUUUAACAAUUUGCUUAUUAAUUAAACGUGUUGCAAUGACUGUGCUGAAAAAUACAGUGCUUUUGCUCAAGUCUGACACGACUGACGACAAAUAUACGAAGUUAUUGCAAGCCAGGAAUUUUAAGGUUAUGGCUGUCAAAACAUUGGUCUUUGAAUACAAAAAUGCGGCUAUUUUGCGAGAGAAAUUGCUAAGCGCUGAUAAAUACAGUGGAAUUUUGUUGUCUAGUCCCCGUUGUGUAAGUGCAGUAAGCCAGGCUUUGGAGAAAAGGCUGGUACAAGAGUUGUGGGGCCCCAAAUCAAACUAUACAGUAGGCGAAAGUACGUAUAAAGAGGCUCUGGAUAAGUUGGGGGUCGAGUGUCAGGGGAAGGAGAGUGGUAAUGCCAAAAACUUGGCACAACUUAUCAUUCAAAGUAAGGCACAAUUUACGAAACCUUUUCUCUUCCCUCAUGGAAACUUAAAGACUGAUACUCUCAAGUUGGAACUAGGGAGGGAAAACCUGCAAAUUGAGGGCGUACUUGUCUAUGACACCCUUCCGAACCCAGAUAUUGCGCAAGAAUUGUCCGAGUGCACAAACAAUUUUACAGAUAUUCCUGAAUUUGUGAUAUAUUUUAGCCCCUCAGGCUUGCACAGUAGUAUCGAAUACUUGCGUAAAUUGCUUACCGACCGGGGUGUAAAGAUUAUUGCCAUAGGACCUGUGACUGAAUUAGCCCUGCAAGACCUAAACCUCACAGUGCAUGCCGUGGCCAAGAGCCCCACCCCCGAGGAAGUAAUAAAAACCCUCACGUGAUAAAAAUUUAUUUCAUUUAUAAUUAUCACAGUUGAUAAAAAGUUAUGAGCAAGUCUAAACCUCACAAGAAACUAACAUAAAUCCUAUAAUACAAAACUUAUCAUUUUAGACACAAUAAAUAACAACACUUUGGUAUACCUAAA